GUGUUCGUGUAACACGCGGGCGUCUUGAUAUAGCAAACGAGGAUCGCGGGCCGGCGUGAUCUCGCCCGCGAGGAGACGGAAGGCGAGAGUGAGGAGGUGAGUUUUGUCCGACGAGAAGAAGCGUCAAGCUAAAAGGAGUCGCAUCGGUGGGCGGUGCGUCAAAUCGCUCCUUCGACGGUCCAACGAAGUGCGUGCCAACAGCCGGUGAGAAAUAUGUCUCCGAUCGGACCACUCCACUCCAGCCUUCUCCUUGUUCUUCUUGGCUUGCUGCUGGGACAAUGCAGCGCCCAACUGAAGAGCGGUUGCAAGAUGCAGACACUGCGCGACUGCGGGUCCGACUAUGUGGUAUACAGCAACAACACAAGACUGCCGGAGGGUGGAGUGGAGUUCAAACAGAACUGCGAGCUGUACCUGAAACAAAUCGAGUGUUCUCAGAAAUUCGGCGAAAAAUGCCUCGACAACCUCGCCCGCCUCGUGAGCACGCUAGCGCUAAAGGCCGCUGAAGAGGACUUCGAGGCCGCCUGCACAGAGGGCAACGAACGCAACGACCUGUACAAGGCCAGCAUCAAGUGCAUGAACUCCGUCGGCGCCAAGCUUAACAUCUGCAUCAAGAACCUCUACGAGGGCCUGCAAACCGCCGUGUCCAAUGCCCAACGCGAGGAAAUCGUCUACUACUCCUGCUGUUCGUACCACAGCACGGUGGACUGCGCCGAGGCGGCACUGGCUGACUGCGACGAGCCCGACUCCCCGGCCCGCGAGUACAUCACCAGCGUCAUGGAGAGGGUGUUCGGCCAGGUUCUGGAGCUUGUGUGCGGACCCUACUCCCGCGGGUCCGCCAGCUGCCGAGAGCAGCCACCUCUGCCCCCUCUGGCGGCUAACGCGCCCAGGACGCCGAGCCUCGUCGAGCUCGCCAUCCAAAUCGCCACGUCGCUCCGGAAGAAGCCGUAGACAUCGGUUUUCAAACGCUUAUUGAAAGAAAAGGACACAAAAACACAUUUCUAGCAGCACUGCAAAGUAUUAUCUAGGGUACGGAAAAGCACCACCUCGUGAAAACCUUUCCCUCCGUCCUGUUCGACGCUUAUUGUAUUUAUUUUUUUAUAUAGUUUCAAAGGAGAGAUUGGCGCCUUUAGGCAUCACCGGCUAUACUACUCCCAUGGCAAAGCGAAUGACGUCGCAAAGAGCACGAGCACAUACAAACUUCAGCACACGAAUCUAGAAGGUCACUGAAGAUGUACAAGGAACAUUCACAAAAAAGUUUAAAAAAUGUGCAAUAUUCCAUAAAUAGAUAAAAGUGAUUAUAGUUUCUUAUAUCUAGCUGAAAUCAGUGUCUUUAUGCCUGCAUGCGUUUUUUUUUUUUUUUACCUUACUCCCUUUCGUUUAUCCCUCACUAUCUCAGGCCUGAUAAGCCUGUGCUAGGCUAGCCUCUCCAGAUAGAAUUAAAUAUUUUCUCUCUCUGCCUCUCGGUCAGCGAAGUCACUGCUGGAGCUACGCGUCUAAGAAACAACCCACCUGAAAGUUCGCAGCCAUGACGUCAUGAUAUUGCCACCCCCAACCUCCAAUCCCUCUCUAGAAAAGUAAGACACAGUGUUUUUAUAUUGGAAUGAAGACGAGGUAGGCACCUGUUCCGGCAUUAAGCACGUUGAAGGUUACAACUACGACGACACAACUGUAUCGGAGAGUUAGGAAACCAUAGGUGUGCAUAAGAGAACAUAUAAGCUACUUCAACGUGUGAAGAGAACUCUGGUGUUCUUUUUAUUCGUUUCCUUUUUUAGGCUAUGGAAGGGGAAAUGAUAGCUGUAACAUUAAGAGACAGGAAUACAUCGCUGUUGAUUAGAAAGUGAACAGGAGUUCUCCAAAUGGAGUUUGGCAGCUAGUCAUGUGACUCGCAGAGCAGAUUACCGGUUAUAAAAGGGACACAAUGGGUGCCAAUGUACGAGGAGCGCAGCCGAGGACGGCAGAAAAGUACGUUGUUAGAUGAAAUUGUAUAUUUUGUGGACUCGUGGCUGUAGCUUCAGAGCCAGUGGUCAGCUGAAGCUCUCGGAGACGACACAAGGUGCAAGGGCCGAAGCCCCCAGGCCAGCUGAACUGCUUCCUGGUCGCCGCUCCUCAUGCUCCGGCCCCAGGCUAGCUGCGCGUGGCACGGACGCAUAAGCCAGGCCCAGCUAGCGAUGAUGGCGACACAGCAGCGCAGCCAUGCAGCCGGCGUUCCCAUAAUAUGAUAAUGAGGCAGAUGAUGUUCUUCAGGGUUGCUUCUACAGCGGAGCCCGGCGAAUCCCACCUCAUGUAAAAGCUAUUUAUAGAAGGCAAUAAUAACAACCACGACAAAGGGACCCAUGCAGAGCUGCUGAGUCCAGACACUACAUCUUGUCGCACUCAUCUUGUCCUCGUCGUUUUUUGUUUUCUUAGCUAUUAGGAUGUCACAAUUACGAAGCUUGUUCAUGGUCAUGCCAUGCACUCGCCUGUAAAUGGACACGGGCCAUCUGUCUUGGCAUGUGCUAUUGUGAGCCUUUCAGCGCCAUCCUACAUGCUAUUUCCAACUCGUCAUCAAUCACCAUCACCCACACACAAAUCAUUGAGCGUAAAAUGUGUCGUUCCUACAAAAAAGCUUGUACAAAUAUUUCUGAAUAAACCCUCCACCAAUUUA